AUGGCCAAAGCUUUCUUCAGGCUCCAGAAGUUUCUCCGUCGGACCCAGUUUCUGCUCUUCUUCCUCACGGCAGCUUACCUGAUGGCCGGCAGCCUCCUGCUGCUGCAGCGGAGCCGCCUGGUCAUCCAGCAAGGCUCCCGUGGCGUUCCCACGAAGCAGGCGCUGCAGGAGCUGGGCAGGGCUGGGCUGGCAGAGCCCAGGAGCCUGCAGAGCCCCCGGGCCGGCCCCAGGCUGCUGGUGGCCAUGGAAGCCCUGCAGGAGCCGGCCCGGCACAGCCCGCUCUGGCUCACGUCCCGCAACGCGGAGCUGCGGCAGCUCAGGAGGAGGUGGCUGCACAGGUUGGGCAGCGAGCAGCAGCCCCUGCAGCCUGCAGCACCUGCAGCAGCGGAGCAUCCUGCCGAGCACAAAGGCACCUACAUGGGCUGCUUCACUCACGACUCAAGGGAGAGGACACUGAGGGGAGCUGUCUUUUAUGACUUAAGAAAAAUGACAGUAGCUCACUGUCAGGAAGCUUGUGCUGAGAGGGCCUACAGUUACGCGGGGCUGGCUCACGGGGCAGAGUGCUAUUGCGGGAACUCGCUGCCCGCGGCCGCGGCGCCGGGCCGGGAGUGCAGCAGCGAGUGCCGGGGCCAGCGCGGCUCCGUGUGCGGCGGCCAGGACCGGCUCUCGGUCUACAGCGUGCAGCUCCGGCCGGCCACCAGGCCACGGAGGAAUGUUAUCUAUCGAGGAUGUUUUAGAGCUCCAGAAAAUUUAACAGACACCUUUCCAGCCUCUUUGAUACUGCCCAAUUUGACGGUGGAGAUGUGCUCCGAAUUUUGCUCCAAGAAAGAGUUCCCCUUGGCAGUGAUCCGAGGCCAGGAGUGCCACUGCGGCUUCCCCACCGGGCGCUUCUCGCUGCGCGAGGGCGCGGACGGGCAGCGCUGCAGCGGGAGCCGCAACGCCAGCAGCGCUGCCGGGGGACAGUACUGCCUGGUCUACCAGACACCUGUGCAAGACACCCGCUGCACGGACAGGAAAUUCUUAACCACCAAAUCCAAAGUGUUUGUUGCUUUGUCAAGCUUUCCUGGGGCUGGGAAUACGUGGGCACGCCAUUUGAUAGAGCAUGCCACAGGAUACUACACAGGAAGUUAUUACUUUGAUGGAGCCCUCUACAACAAAGGUUUUAAAGGAGAAAAAGACCACUGGAGGAGUAGGAGGACCAUCUGUGUGAAAACACAUGAAAGUGGCAAGACAGAGAUUGAAAUGUUCGACUCGGCAAUCCUGUUGAUAAGGAACCCCUACAAAUCGCUGAUGGCAGAGUUCAACAGAAAAUACGCCGGGCACCUGGGCUAUGCCACUGACCGCAACUGGAAGAGCAAAGAGUGGCCGGAUUUUGUGAACAGCUAUUCCUCCUGGUGGGCUUCCCACGUCCUGGAGUGGCUCAAGUACGGGAAGCGCCUGCUGGUCGUGCACUACGAGGAGCUGAAGCAGAGCCUCAUCCCCACGCUGAAGGAGAUGGUGGAGUUCCUGAACGUGACCGUGACCGAGGACAGGCUGCUCUGUGUGGAGAACAACAGGGACGGCAAUUUCAAACGGUCUGGUGCUAAACAAAAGGAUUUCGAGCCAUUCACCCAGGAAAUGAAAGAUCUCAUCAACAAAUACAUCCUGACAGUGGAUGAAGCCCUAAGGGGAAGGAACUUCUCAGGGCUGCCCAGGGAGUAUGUGCCAAGAUGA